AUGAGCCGGCAGCUGGGCGUGCGGGGCUCGGAUGGGGAGGACGACGAGGAGGAGGAGAGGGGCAGCGUGGGGGCAGAGGAGGUGGAAGGGGGCAGGAGCGUCCAGGGGCAGCCCCGCCGGCAGGGGGAGCCCGAGGGGAAGCCGCCCUACUCCUACAUCGCGCUCAUCACCAUGGCCAUCCUGCAGAGCCCGCAGCAGAAGCUGCCGCUGAGCGGCAUCUGCGCCUUCAUCCGCGGCCGCUUCCCCUACUACCGGCGGCGCUUCCCCGCCUGGCAGAACAGCAUCCGCCACAACCUCUCGCUCAAUGACUGCUUCGUCAAGCUGCCGCGGGAGCCGGGCAGCCCGGGCAAGGGCAGCUACUGGGGCCUGGACCCGGCCUCGCAGGGCAUGUUCGACAACGGCAGCUUCCUCCGCCGCAGGAAGCGCUUCAAGCGCCCCCCGCCGCCUCCCGCCCCCGCCCCCGAUCAUGCAGCAAAUAGCCCCCUCACGGAUGUGCGUUGUCUGCGAGAUGUUUACAAAGGGAAGGACUUUAUGAGGGUUGUGUUUUUAAGGAACAGGUCUCGGGGCACUAUCGUGAGUGUUGCUGUUUUUCUCCCUGUGCAACGUCAAAAGCGCAUCCUGUCUGCAUUAUGUGAGUGA